AGGAGAGGGCUGGGCUGGGAUGACUCCCUCGCAGAUGAACCAUAAAGAGCACGGGAGCUGAAGCACAAUCUCCUCCUCCUUUCCUGUGCUGUUUCACGGACACGCUUGCUCACAGCUGGGAGGAGGACAAGCUUCACCAGCAGCCUUAGCAGGAGUGGGGAGAAGGGAACUUUUGUGCUCUCCUCAUUGCAGGCAAAACCUCUUUGAAUAAACUCUGCUAACAGGGGAAGGUUAUGGCAAUCUACUGGAGCAAACUUCAAACUGAACCACAGCUGCCUGUGCCUGGGUCCCCUCACAGCAUUUCUCCUGCUGAGCUUGAUAAAUGAGCUGUAACUAUUGUGACAGCCACAGUGGAGAGUGUGAGUCUCUCAAACCCCAAAGGAGCUGUUGAGACUGAGAGGUGGAGGAGAGCAGAGUGCCAGACUUGAGCACUCUUUCACACAAAUUGCAUUGGACAGUGGAGUUAAAAGUUUUGAGGGAGAUGAACUUACCUUGGCCUGUUGUUUCAUGACUGAGAGUUUCUGAGCUCCCAAGGAUAUUUCCACCAAAACCAGGGCUGAUGUUCCCUCUGUUGGAAAGCGAAAGUAAAGGUUAUUAACAUCCUGCAGCAAGUCACUUCAACCUAAAGGUUUGUGGAAGAAAUAAACUCUACAUGAAAACUGAAUGUAAUUAGGUCUUACAUUCAGGACCCUGAUGAGUGAUACACAGGGAGAAGUAGAAGAUGGUAAAUUUCACAGAGAAUGCGACUGAGAAGUGCAAUAUUAAUCAUGAUAUCCACGAGACACUAUCCCCUGUGGUGUACAUAUUUGUGUUUAUAUUAGGCUUGCCAGCUAACUGCCUGUCACUGUACUAUGGGUAUUUACAGAUCAAGGCUAAAAAUGAAUUAGGUAUCUACCUUUGCAAUUUGACUAUAGCAGACCUGCUGUACAUAUUUUCUUUGCCUUUUUGGCUUCAGUAUGCUUUACAGCAUGACAACUGGACCUACGAUGAGCUGCUGUGCAAAGUUUGUGGCAUCAUCCUGUAUGAGAACAUCUACAUCAGCGUGGGCUUCCUGUGCUGCAUCUCCAUCGACCGCUACCUGGCCGUGGUGCACCCCUUCCGCUUCCAGCGCUUUCGGACCAUGAAGGCUGCUGCCAUUGUCAGCAUCGUCAUCUGGGCCAAAGAAAUUAUGACAUGCUGCUUUGUCUUCACACACGGGGAGAUCAGUAUGGAUGCUGAGAGCCACUUGGUGUGCUUUGAGCAUUACCCCAUCAAGAAAUGGGAGCACAAUGUCAAUUACUACCGCUUCUCCGCUGGCUUCCUUUUCCCCUUCUUCCUGCUGGCCUUCUCCUACUGUGGGAUUUUACGAGUUGUCCACAAGAGUCCUGGCACCCAAAAGAAGAAGAAAACCCAAAUUAAAAGACUGGUGUCAAGCACUGUUUUCAUAUUUUUAGUCUGCUUUGGACCAUACCACAUCCUACUUGUAGUUCGUAGCUUGUUGGAGAACAACUGCUCAUUUGCUGAGAAAAUAUUUAAUGUUUACCAUAUUUCUCUCCUGUUAACUACUUUUAACUGUGUUGCUGACCCAGUAUUGUAUUGUUUUUCCAGUGAAAGCACUUACCAGAACUUUGUCAAGAUGAGAGACUCUUGUCUAACAUGUUUCGGCCAUCUGAGUACUGAGACAAAGGAAUCCUAUCCACUAAACACUACUGAAACUCCGAACAGAAAACAGCAUGAGCAACAACCAGGGUUAUUACAAAUACCACUUGAUGGUGCUGGGAUGAAGGACUGCUUCACAACUAAUGCAGACAGCCUAUAGUAUUAAUCAAAAGGACCUUAAUCCUACACCUGCAGCUAUGGCCGUGUUUGUGUAUCUGUCUGAAUUAUUCAUGUAUUACAACAAUGCGACCUCCCAAAGGCUUAUGAGCAAUGCUGUACAGUGAAGCUGUUUCUAGAGGUGCUUGGACCCUGGCAAUAGUGAGGAAAGUAUGUGCUAAGUCAGCUCAGUUAUGCUACCACUGUUGUGCUACCACUUAAGACCUGUUUGUUGUGGUGACUGCACUGACUGAAAUAAGCCAGUACUCACAGUAUGUGGUUCUGGUGAACUCAUCUUUAGCUGCUUUCUGUUUGCCCUGUAGCAUCUAGAGAAAGUAAUUCUCGAAAAGCUGUCAUCAUGUGUUGAAAAGGUCAGAGACAAAAAAAAAAUAAUGUCUCCAUAUAUAUUUUUAAAAAGAAAAAUCCCAACAAAACACUUCUGCAACAUCUCUGUAACUCUCUGAAAUAAAUGAAAUGAAACUCUCUGAAAUGAAAUGAAAUGAAAUGAAAUGAAAUGAAAUGAAACUUUCCUUCUGCCAGCUUCAAAGCCUGCAGAGACCAUGCCAGAACCAGAUUCCUAAAACAAUCAGUCUGAUAGUGCAAGACAUUAUGGGAGAGCAUGCACAAGGAACUCAGCACCUGCUGAGACCUUCAGGCUCUUAUUUGACUGUGUAGCCUCAGACUGUUAAACCUCACGGUAAGGCUCUUAGAGACUUCUGGAGGUAGGAGACUCUGGGCUCCAGUGGGUGUCAAUAACUUGGUUUGUUGACUCGGAAGAGAACAAGAGGUUGGUAGUACGUGAGGCGCUUUAAUCCUGUGUGCUUCUUUGAGUCACUGUGUUCAAGAAUAUUUAUUUAUAUCUGCUAAGGUUUUGAUUGUGUCCUUUGCAAUUUGUGUAUCUUGUGCAGCACAGACCAUGCAGGCAAUUAAAUAACAACGCAUUUGUCAUGGAAACUGUUGAAUGAAUUCUGUUUAAACCGUGUUUUUGCCCACAGAUAACAUAGUUUAGGGUUUGGCCAUCGUUAAGUAAAUACAGUAUCAGAAAUGUGAUGUAUGAAUGAUCUGUGUCCUGGUUUAGACAGAAACAAAAUAUAGGAGUAAGUGGAGAAUAAUGGCUUUUAAAGACCUGGGAGUUGUGUGCCACAGUAUUGUUGUUUCUACCACCACCUCCUCUCUAGGCUUCUUAGGGUUUUUUUGUUACACUAAUGAUUCUGUGUGAUUCUUUGUCAUCUGCUCAUCCCACCUCCUUUUACAUGUACCUGUUACACCAUGAAUAUUGCCUUGUCCUUUCAAUUCUCUGGUUUCAGACCUUCCUUGAAAGACCUCUCUCUCUGCAACCCAGAGCUGAUAACUUCCAGCAGUAUAAUCAGUUUUGUUUCUUUGGUUUGCUUUUGAGUCAAAAGACUGUCUAGACAGAUGGUCUACUCCUGCUAUUGAAUAUGUCAUUGUAACACAGUCUUGCUUGUCAUCAGAUUCCAAAAGGAAUAUAUUUUAACAGGUUUCUGGAAAUCACCUUGAGAGUGCAAUAUUGGAUAUAAUUAGUGGAUGUGUUUAAUAAAGAAUGUUUUUUUAAUUUUCUUUUUAUACUUUUUCAUGUUUGAAAUAGCUAGCUUUAGCUUUGGCACACAAUUUGUAUUUGUGAGUCUACAGAUCCUCUCCUCUCUUCUCUUGCAAAAAGAGAUGUCCCCAGUCCCAAGAGGGGAUUAGGUUUGCUUAGGUUAACAUUUGAUUUAUUUAAUUAUUUUACAUUUCUUUGUACUUUGACCAUUCGGCUGGAUUAAUUACCUUACAUCUGCAUUUUUUUCUCCUGACUAUUAGCACUGUUUAGCUUUAUUUUCUCCUAAUCUUUCAUCUCCUCUGCAGUGUAUUCCAAGGGGGUUGUAAGGCAGGGACUCCCUCCCUGGAGUGCUGAGCCUGUACAUUGUUAAGCACACACUCCUUGGACCCCCACGACCUGCCAGGCUGCAAGACACACGUGGUUUGUUCUAGGAUUAAAUAUUUGUUGUUGUGUUUAUGUGUUGCUCCUUUACAGUUCCCCACGCUGUUUAAACGGGACAGCUGGAAUGCAGAGCAUGCUGUGCUACAUGGAAUUGUCAUCUGAGGGAUUAAGGCUCAUUCGAGUUGGAACUUUGAUGCGGUCAGCUUUGCUCAGCUGCUGCGGUUUAAAAUCAGAUGGAAACUUGUGUAACACAGUGCAGCAUUCUGCUCCAGUUCUCAGCACUUCACCUGCUAACCCAGAACAGAAAGAAGGGAUUUUUUUUCUUCUUUUCCCCUUUUUUUUCUUGAGGCCAAUAUUUUAUCAAUUCUUUCUGUAUUGUAACUCUUUGCUUAGGCUGCAGAACUGUAACUAAUACAGCAGCAAGGUAAUUCCCACUCAGAGCUUUUCCUUCCAUCUCAGUCAAAAGACAUUCACUCAAGGGUCGUGCUAAGGUUGCUAGAGACAUGCUACACAUGCUAUUGAAGUAAAUGUCAUGCUUGGGACUGCACACAAGAAGACAUUUUAAAAGCACACACUUCAGAAAAAGAGAAAAAAUUAUUAAAUUUUGUAUUUCCUAAUGAAAACUGACUGAUAAUACUUGUAUUUUGGGGUGAAAAAAGAGCAAAAGCUUACUAAAUGAAUUUUUUUUGAGAAAAGUUAGUGCUUGAAAAUAUCCAUUGCACGUGUUAGUGUAACAUGUCAGUAGCACAGAGAGAAUCAAAUCAGUUGUUUCUUUUAAAGUGAUGCAAAUUUCAUUCUGUGAGUUCUGUGCAGCAGCGAACAUACGCCAUCCUGCAGGGUUACUGGCUUUGGCAAAAAGCAUUCAUAUGAAAUAUUUUACUUAAUACUUAUAGUUAGGGGAGUUUGGAGACUUCUAAAGGAGAUAUUUUCUAAUUGUGAAACUUCCAAGAUACUUUUCUAGAACAUCCUUUGAGAAGAUUUUAGAUAAAAUGAAUCUAAAAAAAGAAGACUGAUCUAGAAAAUAAACAUUGGGAUCUUUGGUGAACCUGAAUGUCUAGCAGAAGUCUGGCAUUAAGAUUUCUUUCUGUCAUGUGUUGUACUAUUUUCUGUCUUUAAAGGCCCUGUAUCCUCAGGGACUUCAGGAGAUUAAUGUUCAAAAUAUGCUGGUGUUUGUCGUAUGAAAUUAUUUUUCUCAUUCUGAAAAAAUUGUUUGUCUUGCAUUGAAGAAGGAAAAUAAAACUCACCUGCCAGGAAGGAAAAGAGAUACAAAGUGUUGCUCACUGCUGAAAGUCCAGCUAAAGGCAACUUCCAUUUUAUGACAGGGAAAGCCCCAGUGCUCUAGGGGUGGUGUCAAAUGUACCUUCCUCUCUCUGCUGGGAGGGCUGACAGCCAGCAGAACUGUAGUCCUGACACUCACCUGGAGUUAAGGUAAA